UUUCUAUUCUGUGUAAGUACAUUGAGAGAGCUGCAUAAAAGCCGGAGUCAAAUUCCACAUAUGGAUAUGAAAUAACCCUGAUUCUGAUUCUGAUGAGAAGACUAAUCGUGUAUUUUUUAUGUGUUUCAGAGGAUCUCUGUGUUCAUGUGUGCAGCCGAUGUUGUGCUGAGUUCAGCGCUCUAUCAGACCUGGAACUACAUCACACAGAUUGCUCAAAUCCUCCAGUUGUGAUUAUGAAUGAGGACCAAGAUCUGCUGUCCUGCAGCAGAACUUUCUCAGCAGUCUCACCGGUUGGCCCAGCAGGAUGGAUCCAAUCACAGGACGGAUCCAACAGAAGAGCAGAACUCAUGGAUAGUAGUAGAAGUAGAAGUGUAGAAAGGUCAGGGAGCUCCAGCAGUAACCACACUGACGCUGUACUUUGUACCUUGGAUUUCCCAGAAUCCUUCCCUCCACCUUGCAGCUCAGCCGACCCAGGAGGACACUCGUGGAUGAAAAAGGACGUCAUUAUUGAGAACCUUGAGAGCACUAAAGUGGCCGUGGCUCAGGUUUCCCAGCAGACGCCAUCAGACGGUCCGACCGCUGUCUGGUCUCUGCUGCAGCAGCUCCUCUCGCUGCAGAUGCAACAGAUCCACCAGCUGCAGCUCAUCGAUCAAAUCCGUCACCAGCUCCUGUUGUUUGCUUCUCACCAAUCCCAGAUACCAGAGACCCUGAUGGUCUACACCAAAGACCUGUGUCCUUCCAAGUCUACCACCCAGCUCAAGGCACUGGGUGCUCACCUGUCUCAGCAGCUUGCUGCAGCUGCUGGGUUCGCCAGAUGCUUAUCAACCCAGUCUGCUAACAGAAGUGACCUCCAGCAGUUUUCAGCCACGGAGCAGCUAAACCAACCUGACAACAACGAGUCCUCUCAGACUUUCAGUAAACUCACAGCAGUUUCUAAACACUGUGGUUCCUCUGACUCCCAACUCAGCUUCUUGUCCCAAACCAAGAUGUCCUCUUUGAUGUUUAGCAAUAAGUGCUUCAUCAGUAAGACGUCUGAGAACUUACCUCAACCUCCAUCUGGCAGUGAGCAUGCAGCUUCAGGUCCGAUCCCAAACAUCAGGGCGAUUGUGGAGGAUCUGGAUGCCCUGGCAGCCUUGGCCCAGCAGAGGAACCUAAAGCUUUCUGCACCCACGCUGUCUUCACAAGAGUCCCUCUUCAAAUGCAGAUUUUGCGCCAAAGUCUUUGGGAGCGACAGCGCCUUGCAAAUUCACCUGCGAUCACACGCCGGAGAACGGCCGUACGGAUGCAGCGUCUGUGGGAACAAGUUCUCCACCCAAGGGAGCUUAAAGGUUCCCUUUCAGAGGUACAAAGAGAGGAACCCACAUAUCCACAUUAACCCUCAUCUUCCUGCAGAGCACCUGGACAACAUCCAAACCAAUGCUGGGACUCCCUUUGGUAUGGCCUCGUCACCAUCCCCGACUACAAUGACCUCUGGUUCCCUGGACCAGUCAGACUCAACCAGUCUCAUCAAGAAGGAGGAGAACCUCAUCUCACUACCCAUAACUCAAGGCGAUCUUUACUUUGAUUCAGCAGCAAGCAUGAACUUCAGGUCAAGAGCAAACCCAACAAAGACCUCUGACUCAGUGGAGACCAGACAACACAGAACCAUGAAUCUUAAAAGUGAAGAUGUAAAACCAUCUUUGAACUUUGUCUCUAAAAUGAUGAAGGAAUCAGUCGCUGUCAUGACCAACCCAUUCACCCAUUCCAGUCAUACCUCAUCUUCAGGAUUCCUUUCAUUAAAACGCUCUGACAACCCCAAACUCCAGCUGCCGUCAGACACCACCGACCCAAACGAGUGUGUUGUCUGCCACCGUAUCCUCAGCUGUCAGAGUGCCCUGAGGAUGCACUACCGGACGCAUACCGGGGAGCGUCCCUACCGGUGUAAACUCUGUGGCCGAGCCUUCACAACAAAAGGAAACCUGAAGACUCACCAGGCGGUUCACCGUGAAACAGUCCCUCUGAAGGUCCAGCACUCGUGCCCCAUCUGCCAAUGCAAGUUCAUCGAUGCUGUCGUCCUGCAGCAACAUGUGAACAUUCACAAGGAAGGUCACAAACCAAACCAGCAACACUUUAAGGAAGGAUUCAGGGACAAAAAUAAACUGAAUCACAGGAAGAAAAUUUCAGAUGAUGGGAGCUUUUGUGACGACCGAUUGUCUAGAUUCAACUCCUUAUCCAUCUGUUUGUCCCCGUCUCCGUCUCCGUUUGGUAAAAAUAUCGAUGCUAACAAGAACACAUGUGGGUCACAUGGGGAGCUGCAACUCAACUGGAUCAAAACGGAGAGGCCAGAAGGAUCAAAUGAAGAAUGUAGUCAAACAAACAGCCCACAGUGGACUGAGCAGUCUCUGUCCUCUAAUGGCCAAGCUUCAUUGUAUUUUAAACCAUUCCAGACGUGGCUUGACUCCACUUUAACACUACGUGCAUCUGCCACAGCGUCCGCCGACAUACGUUUAUUUAACCCCAUCGAGGAUGCUCCCAGCUUUACUGACAGUCCCAGAGAAAAGGGGGUCCUGAAGAACACGUAUUGUGACAUAUGUGGGAAGACGUUUGCCUGUCAGAGUGCCUUAGAUAUCCACUACAGGAGCCAUACAAAGGAGAGACCAUUCAUCUGCACUACAUGCACCAGGGGCUUUUCCACCAAGGGCAAUCUGAAGCAGCACAUGCUCACACAUCAAAUGAGGGACUUCCCGUCACAUCUGUUUGAACCCUCCAAUUCUGACCAAGCACCCAACCAUCACAGCUCUGUGUUAUCCAUCGGCUCACCAGCUGUGAGGACAGAGAUGCUCCUGAACUCCUCGUUUAGGAAUGGCGUGGAUCUUUCUGGUCCGUCACAGAGCUGUUGUGUCUCAGAGUCUCCUGUAGCGCCACCUCGCCGGACGCCAAAACAGCACCACUGCAAGACUUGUGGGAAGAGCUUCUCAUCCUCCAGCGCCCUGCAGAUCCACGAGAGGACUCACACCGGGGAGAGGCCGUUUGCCUGCGCCGUCUGUGGACGAGCUUUUACUACCAAAGGAAAUCUAAAGGUUCAUAUGGGGACUCACAUGUGGAACAGCGCCCCCAACAGGAGAGGACGCAGACUGUCUGUGGACAGAUCAUCAUCGGAGGGACUCUGGACUCGUCCUGUUAGACUUCCUGAGCCACCACAGAAGAAGAGCAGAGAGUGUGUUCACCACCACUGGAACCAAAAUCCAGAACUUUUCUCUGCAGCUUUAAAGAUGAAUUUGUGAAUGUGGAGACACGUCCGUCUCCGGAGGACACGUCGGACU